AUGGCGCAGGUUCUGUCCGACGCCCAGCUGCUGGCUGAUGAGCUGAGCGGCAUGCCUGAAGGGAUCACUCAGGGUGGCACAGCGUUGGCUCGAGCUGCGGACCGGUUAGCUUCAAGGCCAGAUGGGUCCUUGUUGCAUUGCCGCAGUCAGCCAAUCGCGUCCCUGGCGAGGGUGCAACAUCUGCUGCGAAUGCGAGCCCUCGAGAAGCCCUGGUGGCGCCAGUGGCAAGAGGAAUGGCAAAAGGCGGUCUCCACUGGCGUCUUCUCCUCCCUCGCCAGGAUGCCUACCGACCUGCAGGAUCUGGAUGACAGCUACGAGGAGCGGGCAUUUGGAGUUCCGUCACGGCAGAUGCCACCUACCCUGCGGCGACUAAAGACGCAGAAGCUGCAAGAAGGCCAGUCAGCAUUGUUCCCCUCAGUUCGGCAGGGCCAUUCAGUGUAA